CCGAGGAGGCCAUGCGCACGCACAAGGAGCUGUUCCUGGGUCUCAUCAGCGUGCUGUACCACCAGCUUGGAGAGAUCCCUCCAGACUUCUUUGUGGACAUUGUCUCCCAGAAUAACUUCCUCACGACCACCCUGCAGGACUGUUUCCAGUUUGCCACUGGGCCUGGGAUGGACAGCACGCUUCGGAAGAGGGCAGAGAAGUUCAAAGUUCAUCUGACCAAGAAGUUCCGCUGGGACUUUGAGGCUGACCUUGACGACUGUGCCCCAGUGGUGGUGGAGCUCCCUGAGGGAGUCACUCUGGACUGAUGAAUGUGUGUGUGUGUGUGUGUGUGUCUGUUUGUAAACACAGGCU